GUGGAAAGGAGGGUUCUCAUCCAUCCUUGAGAUGUUCAUUUAUGACUGAGAAACAGAACUCAGAAAGAAGGGAGUGUGUACUGAUUUGUACGCGUGGAUCUUGGUUGUGAGCAUCAGCAUGGCACAGUGGUGGACUUUACUCACUGUUGUUUGCCUGUGCAGCUACUGUGCUGCCAGUCAGCACCACAGGAAAGCGCUGUACCCAUCUGCAUACAGGAUAAAACGGGGGACAUAUUCACUGAUCAACCCCACAUUCCAGCACUCAGUGGAGGACGUCAAGCUGCUUUUUGAGAUACUGCUGGCUGGAAUGCAGAUCCAAGGUGAUGAACACACCCUGCUGAUCCCAGAUGAGGAGUUGGCCUCCCUGAGAAGUGUGGAAAAGCUGGAAGUCAUCUGUGAGGAAGUACUGCCUAAAAGGCUCUCCGACAUCAGGCGUCUGAUGGCUGAGCUCACCCAGCGGCACCAACCUCUGAGCUGGCAGGACUUUGAGAGGACAGUGCUGACGUUAGUGUACACCACCCAGACCCUGGCUCGAAUCACCAACAAGCACCAGAAAGAGAUGUGGACCGAAACCCUGAUCCAGCUGUUCCAAGCUCUUCAAAAGGAUCUCAAACCCUUUUGAGGAAAUAAGUUGUACAUAUUUUUUUCAGUAUUUGAGAUGCCGUUCAUCCAUGCUGUUUCCAGUGUCCUGCAAAGUUUAAAAACAAAUUCUGUGAUUGUUAUACUGGUUUUUAUGUGAAACUAUUUGUAUAUAUAAAUACAAAUAUCAAAAAAUGUAUAUAAAAAUAUAUAAGCGAUGUAAUUUUUAACCAAAAAAAUGUAACUAAACUCAGGGUCCAAACUCACUUUUAUCAGCGCUUUCAAGCUUGACUUCCAGUCUUCCUUAGCUGACUGGGCUAAUUCCAAUUAAGAGCUCAAAUCACAAACUCCUGAAAAGUUAUAUCAUGUGCUUCGGUUUUGUUUUGUUACCCUAUGUGAGGUAAAUAAUAAAAUUUUAAUUCUCAACAGAUCAGCGUAUCUUACUUUUCUAUAAACUUAUUUAAGCACAAGUUUAGUUCAGGCAGACCUCAAGGUCCCAGUACAUCAGCUCAUAGCUGAGCUGUCAGAUGAUAUUGGCUUGUAGAGAUCAGCUGCUCUCACUUUCCUGGAUUUUGUUUCUGAUCAUGGAAGUCCAUAGCACCAACUGAGACUCAACCUUCAGCAAAUGAAAAUAAACAUGUA